AUGAAAAGUUCAUUAAAAAAACAUUUAAUUCGGAAUGAAAAAGAUAUUUCGAAACCAGAAAAAUGGUUGCAAUAUGCAAGAGAGGAUGCAUAUAUACAGAAACGAAUUCAACAACAAUGCAGUAAUUUUUAUUAUGAAACAGAAGACGAACCAUUCUUGGAAUCUACGUUACCAACUACGACAAUCCAACCAAGAUUACCAUUUACUCAAGCAUCGAGUCAACACACAACUAAACCACAUCAUCAAAAACAAUAUCAACGACUACGUCUAAUAUUAAACAAUCGACCAAGUCAACAACAAAAUUAUUAUCAAAAUUUGAAACAAGAUCGUCGAAAUUAUUCAGAAAAGAAAGUGCAGCAAUCAGAUUCAUGUUUAAUUUGCAAUCGAAAAAAUCAUCCAACAAGCAAAUGUUUUUAUAAGAAGGACAACGGCUGGUUUAAAUGUGGACAAUCAGGUCAUCGAAUACACGAUUGCCCUCAACGACAUUUUUUCGAAGGAGAGGUAUUAUGCAAUAACAUUCCACAAGAAGCACUUAUAGAUACUGGAUUGGCCAUCACUAUAAUACAUGAAUCUUUAUUAAACAAGACUCCACACAAAACAUUAACACCCAAAACAAAAAAUCACUUAUCAGCCAAUUGUUCAAUAUUAAAUAUUAUUGGUGAUAUACCAUUAGAAAUUAACAUUGAUGGUAUAAAAACAAAGGUGAUUGCUGACGUUACAACAAAUCUGGUUACCGAUUUAAUAUUAGGUAGUGAUUGGAUCCAACAAAAUAAUGUUUAUAUUUUAACACCAGAAAAACGAAUUAUGACUAAAAGUCGAGGUGAAGAAGUGUCAACUCCUUUUGUAAAACCACCUCUUCUAGAUUAUACAGCUACUCUGAUUAAUUAUACUACUCUUCCUCCUUUUUCAGAAAAAAUAGUAGAAGCAAAAGUUCAACUCGACAAUAUGACUGAUGUAUUAUUUGGACCAAAUCCUCGAUUAAAGAAUAAAGCAUUAUUUACUGCAAAUGCACUACUCAAUAUUGAAAACAGAAGAAUAAGAAUUAGUAUAAUUAAUGCAACCAAUCGACAACAAACGCUUUCCGAAGGAAUCAAAUUAGGUAUAGUGACACAAGUAUCUUCUACAAUUGGUGUCACCAUACCAUCAAAUUAUUUAACAGAACGCAUUCCGGAAGGAAAAGCGUGUAAAAAGCUCAUUCCUGAAGGGAAAGGAGCGAAUAAAUCAAACAAAUUAAAUUUUAAUAAUAUGCUGACUACAACAUUACAUGGGAAACAACAUCAAUGUCGUGAAUGUUAUCGAAAUUUUAAUACUGGCAAUGAAUUAUUUAAACACCUUAGAGACAAAUGUUAUCCUGAAGAAAUUAGACAACAAACAAAUAAAUUAACUGAACAUAUUAGUGAUGAUAAACAACGAGAACAAAUUUUAAAAAUUUUAUGGAAAUAUGGAAAAUUAUUUGACAUUAGAAGACCAUCAAAAACUGAUAUUGUUUUAAAAAAUGCUGUCAAUACUGGUACACAUCGACCAAUUCACACUCCACCAUAUAGAAAAUCCAACAAAGACCAAGAAAUCUUAAGAAUAGAAACAGAAAAAUUAUUAAAGAAUGGAAUUAUUGAACAUUCAACAUCUCCAUGGUCUUCACCAGUUGUAUUAGUCAAAAAGAAAGAUGGAACAACAAGAUUUUGUGUCGAUUAUCGUCGCUUAAACCAAAUUACAACAAAAGAUGCUUUUUCAUUACCAAGAAUUGAUGAUAUUUAUGACCAAUUAACAAAAGCAACAUAUUUUACAAAAUUCGAUUUCAAAGUAGUAUUACCGCAAGGCCUUACUAAUGGACCACCAACAUUCCAACGUAUUGUUAAUCAAAUAUUGAGUCCGAAUAGAUGGAAACAUGUACUCGCCUAUAUCGAUGAUAUUAUUGUUUACUCACAAAAUUUUAAUGAACAUUUAAAACAUAUUGAGGAAGUAUGUUCAUUAUUACAGGAAGCAAAUUUUAAAUUAAAUGUUGAAAAAUGUGAAGUUGCAAGAACAGAAAUAUUAUUUCUUGGACAUGUAAUUAAAACUGGUACUAUUAAACCUGAUCCAAAUAAUAUUCGUGGUCUGGCUGAUACAAGAGAACCAACAUCAGCUGAAGAAGCAUUUAGAUUCGUCAAAGCAGCAGAAUAUUAUAGAAAAUUUAUUCCAAAAUUUUCCAUAAUUGCUGCACCGUUGCAUAAAUAUUCUCCAGCAAUAUUACAACAGCAAAAGAAUAGCAAAAAAUUAAAAUUUGAACUAUCUGCCGAAGCCAGAACAGCAUUUCACCAACUCAAGGAAAUUUUAACAACCAAUCUUAUGCUUGAUUUACCUGACAAUACAUUACCAUUUAAAUUACAAACUGAUGCCUCUGUAGAUGGAAUUGGCGCUGUUCUAUUACAAAUUACUCCCAACGGUGAUCGACCAUUAGCAUACAUGUCAAAGAAAUUAACGAAAACACAAACUAAUUGGCCAACAAUCGAACAAGAAUGUUAUGCAAUAGUACAAGCAAUAGAAAAAUGGGACAAAUAUCUUCGUGGACAUGAAUUUAUAUUAGAAACUGAUCAUGAAUCAUUAGUUUAUUUUGCAAACAAAGAACAGUUAAAUAAAAGAUGUGAACGAUGA